AGAACACAAAUCAACUUCAGUUAUUCAUUUCACAGACCUGCGUAUGGUUUAGUUUGUUGAAUCCUUCUUUCUGAACAAUUGAAGCGAAACAUGAAUCCUCUCUACAUUAUUUGGAUGGUAAUUUUCGCCUCAUUUUGCAGUAGUCAAGCUGAACUCUCAGAGUUCAAUAUAAACCCUGAUUCUGAGAACACGAUUCGAUGCGACACGUAUUUGUAUAAUCGAAGUCACCACAACAUAGCUUACACUUGGGCUAUUCGUAAUUUCAGUAUUUACGAGGCGAAUGGCAGUUACAUUUAUUUGCGCAAGUUACGUGCUCCCACAAAUGAUAAAGUUGCAUGGGAUAUUACAAUCCUGCCCAAUGAUGAGAAAAAUGAGACCAUCUGUGUGUGUGUAUACCCAUUCAUACACGAAGCAAUAAUUGCAGAUAUCGAUAUAUCGAUUACAAAUCACAAAAAUGAAACCGUCCAUUCUAGGAAUUUGACGGACACCAAAAUGGGAGGGUCGUGUGGUAUUGCCUUGAAAAACUUUUGCAUGAAAGAUGAUAUAUUCAGAACUAAAAUGCUGCAAAACGACACCCUAACACUAUCGAUAAAUAUCAGGUGGUUUGAGGACACAGUUCAUAAUAUUUCACAUCGAAAUAAGUCUGCUCUUGAACCGGAGAACAGCAUUUUAAAAUGUAAUCCAUUAGAAAACCUCGAAUGGAUACUCGAGAGUCCCAAAUUGGCGGACACGAUAUUUUCCAGAAAUGCUAGCAAUUACAAAUGUGAUACGUGCAUACAGAUACAAGUUCACGAAAUUAAAUUAAUCUGGGCUAUUCAUAAUUUCAGCGUUUACGAGACAUUAGGCUACACAGAGAUUUUCUCACCCGACUUACAAGCACCAACAACCGAUAAAUACGUAUGGUAUAUUAAACUUACGCCCAAUGGCCAUCACAAUGACUAUUAUCGUGAUCACAUUGGUCUGGAUGUAUAUCUAUCCAAAUCAAGUAACGCUACACAGACGUUAGCAAAGUAUGAUAUUUCAAUUAUUAAUCGUGAAACACAAGUUAUUUCCAUUGUUAAAUCGCCACCUGAAAAGUUAUUAGCUGGGAAUAGUAAGUGCUGGCAGGACUUUCGCAGUAAAACUUCUUCAUCGUUCAGAUAUCAAUUCCUAAAUAACGACACGCUAACUCUCUUCAUCCACAUUAAAUGGAUUUCUGAACCUUCCAAAGUGAACGUUUCCCACCAGUGUGACACUUCUUCGCCUGCUGCAAUGCUCGAUCCUACUCUUACCAAAUGCUGUAAUCUUUCUGAAAUGUUGGAAUCGAUGCUGGAAAAUCCCGAAUUUGCAGACGUCGUGUUUACAACAAAUGGUAAAAGCUAUCCAGCCCAUAAAAAUAUUUUGGCCGCUCGCAGCCAAGUUUUCGCCACCAUGUUACGAGAAAAAGAAGUAAAACAUGGAAAAAGUAAAAAAAUUGAAAUAAAAGUCGCACACAUGAGUGAAGAAGUACUACGUGCUAUGCUACGAUAUAUUUACACAGGCAAGUGCGAAAAUUUGAGCGAACUAGCUGACAAAUUAUUUAUAGCAGCUGUCAAAUAUGAUCUGGAUGGAUUGAGAGAUAUUUGCGAACAAACCCUUUAUAAGGCUGUGUCAGCUCAGAAUGCAGCGGCCAUGUUGGAAUUUGCCGAAAAGCAUCGUGCUAACGAAUUGAAAUCCAAAGCCAUGGAAUUCAUUGGAAAAGUAUCGGCUCAGAAGCCGAAUACCACCAUCCACUAAUUGCAGAUGAGUUUAUCAACAUAGGUGUCAAAAAGUAAUAAUUCUCACCAAAAUAAUCCAUUUUUUGAAAGGUCACAAAUCCUGUCAAAAAUCAAAGGUCACAUUCUAGAGAAAUGUCCUUUUCACAAUUCCAGUCUACUGUCUUCAAAAAGUGACAUUAUUGCCGUCAACAGUCCUUAAAAAACAAUCAUCUCUACCAAAAGUCAUUAAAAAGGUCACAAAUAUUGUAAAAAAAAAAAUCACUAAAAUCACAAAUUCCAGACAAAUGUACAAAUAUCAAUAAAGUAACGUCUUCUUAUUGUA